AUGUCUGAAACAGAAAAAGAACUCACUGCCACUCCUUCUACUUCUUCAAAUAAAGGAGAAACCAAAGAAAUUAUUAAAGUGAAUAGGUGGAAUAUUGUAGAAUUGAAAUUUGCGUGCGAUGAUUAUAUUCAAAAGGAUAUUUGGCAUGUCUCGUUGCUUGUUUUUGUGGCUAUUAUGGACAUUGACAUAAUAUUCAUUGGAGAUUCAACAAAUGGUGAUGAUCAACAGCAACAGCACACUUUGAUUAUUCAUACAAAUGCUAAAAGAUAUUCAAAUCUUUAUAGUAUUAUUUUUGAGUUAAAGAACAAAAAUGAAUCACUGUUAUCUUUAUCAUCUACAGAUAAAGGAUCAGAAUAUAAAAUUUCUAAAUCUUAUGGUAGUUGGUUUGAUGUCAAUGGUGUAUUGGAUAUUAAAAGAUUUGAAAAUGAUUUAACUGAAGGAUUGGGUGUUGUAGUUUCUGGAAAUAAUAAACCACACACACAAUAA